AGCUCUCCCAUUUCACAAGAUCGUCAGCACCGCGUUGCAGAAAAUAUAGCAUCACCUGACAUGGCAUCCCAAGCCGUCGAGACCCAUCGUGCCGGCGCGGAGGUAUUCCGCGGCGACGGCGCCAUCUGCAAGAAGAAGUGCGUGGAGGUGCUGGAGGAGCUGGGCCUCCCGACGGGCCUGCUGCCCCUGGAGGACAUGGAGGAGUUUGGGUACAACCGCGCGGCCGGCUUCAUGUGGCUGGUGCAGAGGAAGAAGACGGAGCACACGUUCAAGAAGGUGAAGCAGACCGUGUCGUACGCCGGCGAGGUGACGGCCUUCGUCGAGCCGGGGAAGCUGAGGAAGAUCGCCGGCGUGAAGACCAAGGAGCUGUUCCUGUGGCUCAGCGUGGUGGAGGUGUAUGUUGAGAGCGUGACGGCCCCUGGUAAGGUCACCUUCAAGACCGGCACUGGUCUCUCCGACACCUUUGAUGCAGCUGCUUUUGCCCUUGGAGAAUGAGUAACUGUGUUGUGAUAUACUCCCAUCGUUCAAAAAUACAUCUAGAUACAUCCUUUUUUCUUCAUUUUAAUGACAAGAAUUUCCGGACGAAGGGAGUAGUUGCACAAGUUUGUGCCAGUACUGCCAUACUUAUAAACGCUACC